GGGGUCCCAAGCGAGGCCACUGCCCCUUGCCCAGAGGCGGAGGGCCCAGGAGGACUGGCGUUCUCCCUGCUCUCCCAGAGGGGGCUCUGCCAGCAGCUCCGGCGGGUCAUAGCCAGGGUGGCCUGCAUGUGGCCUGACACCCUCAAAUGGGUGGAGCGUGGUGCUGCAGUAGUGGGAGGAGACUGAGCUGUGACAGGUCCUCGGGGAGUGCUGUUAAGGAGGCAGGAGGACCUGGCGGGGUGGGUUUGGGAGCCCAAGAGCCUGGGUUCAGCCCCAACGCUUGGCGGCCGUGAGACCGCCCAGUUCCCGUGCGUGCUGGGCCUGUCUCGCCAGCUCCAGCCCACCUCACUGUGGGUGGAGACGAUGUGAGUUAGUCUCCUGGAACCGUGCCGGCUUGCAGCACACACCCACCAGUCAAGUCUAGACCCCAGGCGGGGGCCACAGCAGGUGGGUAAGGCCAGGGCGGUGGUUGCCUUGGGAGCAGCUGCAGCAGCGGGUUGAGUGGCUGCGUGGGGGGUGCAGUGAGUGCACAGGCAGGAAGUGAGGGGGAGCUCACUGAGGACUGCACAAAGGUGCUGCUCCUCAAGGUGCCCGAGCCGUCUGGCCGGCCCCAGACAGGGCUGGGGAGGUGCUGCCACGCCCACGGCCUUGGCCAGUCCACAGCUUCACAGGAUGGGGCCACAGGUGCCCUCAGUGCCUCCUGCCCUCUGGGUCCUGGGGUGCCUUGUCCUGCUCCUCUGGCUGUGGGCGCUGUGCACAGCCUGCCACAGGAAGCAGGUGCAGAGGCAGCGGGCCGGGCUGCAGGGCAGUGUGGUGCCAGCGGAAGCGUCACUGCUGAGACGACCCCACCUCUGCUCCCUCAGCAAGUCAGACACCAGACUGCAUGAGCUGCACGGGGGCCCUCGUCGCAGCAGAGGUGAGCAGAGCUGCGAGGGGCAUCCUGGGUGCCGGGAGGGGCUUGCUGCACUGCACCCCAUGACCUCUGCCCUGACCCCACCCCCAGCCCCGAGGCCUGUCAGCAUGGAUCUCCUGCGCCCACAAUGGCUGGAGGAGUCCAGAGACACCACCAGGCCUCUGGCAGCAUUCUCACACCGGGAGCUGCCUCAAGCACCCUCCAUCGGCCCCGAGGCCACCUAUUCCAAUGUGGGGCUGGCUUCCAUUCCCAGGGCCAGCCUGGCAGCCAACCCUGUGGUGUGGGCAGGGGCACGGCUGACCAGCCGCUGUGCCAGGCCUAGGCCUGAGGCCAGACCCAUGGUGGCUGAGUAUGCUUGCAUCCAGAAGCUCCAGGGAACAGGUCUGGGUCCCCAAGCCGUGGAGCAGGGGAAGGCCCAGGUGAACCCAGCCGCUCAGGUGGACAUCCUGUACUCCAGGGUCAACAAAUCUAAAAGGAGGAACCCAGGACCUGCUACACACCAGCCAGCCCCCAAGGGUGGGGGAAGGAUUCUGGCUCUGGGGAGUGACCUGGCCUAUGAGGCCCUCCCACUCACGGGCCAGGGCGUGGACAACAGUCGCCCAGAAAACGUGUAUGAGAGCAUCCAAGAGAUAGGAGGCCCUGAGCACCGAGAGACCCCCCCCACCCCCCACCCCCCGCUCUGGCUAUUAGCAUGAGUGGACAUGUGCAAGGGCACAGAGGCCCCUGCUUCCUGCCUCAGCCUAGGGAGGGGUCUCCGACGCCUCCCUGCCACAACACCAAGCACAGAUGUUCCCUCCUCCAGAGUGGAGCCGGACUCCCCACUUCCGCCACAGCUGACAGCACAAGUUCCAGAUCCCAGGGCUGCCAGCCCAGGAUGUCCCCCGGGUCCUGGCCGCAUGGCCUCUCCAGGCCAGCGUCUUAAUAAAUCCCAGUGCGGAGGAUGAACACAGCGUGCCUCCCAGCCUACUCUUCUCCGAAAGCUUGGGAGGGUUGGGGGAUUCUCUGGAAGGAGUAGAGGCAUCCCCCUGGCUUCGGGACAGAGUUCCUCCGACCUGGGGGGCCCGGGCCCUGCCACCUGAGGCCGCCGGCCGGUGAGGCUCAGAAGACAGUGUAGGGAGGGAGGCGAGCGCGGGAGGUGGUUCCCAGGCCGUGGGUCCUGGGGGGCAGUGCGCCCGGCCGGCAGGGUGGCCGCCCCAGGGUGGGACUUGGCCCCCGAAGGCCAAGGGGAGGGCUCCGCCGCCAGCCCCGGAUUUACGUAAGGCUGGGUGAGUGGGUAGUCGUGCGUUAAAGAGUAACCUGGUCCCGGGAAGCCCGCCAAGCGGACGCGGCCCCUUGCCGGGCCGGGCACCUCGCGAGGAGGCGGCCUCC